CGGCCGGGCCUGAGUUGAACACUUUGCGGUUAGUAACUUGGUUGCACCACUGUUCCCCACGAUCUUCUUCUGCUGCCCUCCAUUCCCGCACAACAGCGGCGGCGGCGGCGGCGCGGCGAACGGGAAUCCGUCACUGGGCGGCGCUGAAUUGAUGGCGGCGACGGAGACGAAACCACACCGGCAGCCACCGGCGUCGUGGUCGGCCAUCCCGCUGGACCUGGCCGGCCUGGUGCUCCGCCUCCUGCCCUUGUAUGCCGACCGCGCCCGCUUCGCCGCGGUGUGCCCGCAGUGGCGUGCCGCCGUGCAGCAGCAGCUCGCGCCCCCACCCGUGCCGCUGCUCGCGCUCCCGGACGGCACCUUCUACAGCCUUCCCGACAGCAAGCCCCGACGCUUCCCGGGAUGCGGUUUCGUUGGGUACAAGAGCGUCUGCGGCAGCUGGCUCGUCUUCCCGCGCGACGAUGGGUGCUUCUUAGUGGACCCUUUCUCCAGGGUCACCGUGUCACUCCCUGCUCUCUCGCACGUCCGACUCUCUCCUCCAAAUGCAGUCGAAACAUGGUCCAGUCGUAAAAAGCCAGGAGUUGGCGAACUUUACACCCCCACAUGGAUGCAUAUCAAGGAUGAUGACAAGUUGCGCGUAAGAAAGAUAGUCAUGUGCUCGCCAAACCUUGUUGCUGCACUGGUCGGCACUGGAUACAGCAGUCAGAUCCUAAUGUGCCAGCCAGGGUCCUUGUUGUGGCCGGUACGUGCAUAUGAUCCAUGUAAGAAUUUUGGAGACAUGACAUUCUACCAGGGCAAGCUCUAUGCCCUCCCCCACGACGAGGACCUCCUUGUGGUGAACAUUGCCCAGGACCAAAUCACUGGCGAUCCACAGGUUUCUCGGAUUGGACAGGUCAUCGAGGGUGAUCCCUGGUAUGCAGGUUUCUAUGAAGACUAUGACAUUAUGCGCAUGAAGAAGCUCUACCUGGUUGAAUCGCGUGGUGCGUUGCUGAUGGUACGGAGGAAGAUUUUGUGUCGUGUUCCUGAACCUGAAGUGGAUGAACAACCGGAGGGUGUUGCUGUUGCUAUACGGAACAAGUUUGAGGUAUUUGAGGCUGACUUUGAGCAUUCACGGUGGGUCACUGUGAAGACCCUGGGGGAUGACCAGGUGUUGUUUCUAGGGCGGAGGUGUUCCAGGGCCGUGUCCGUUUGUCAGUACGGGUUGUCGGGCGAUCGCAUCUUCUUCUUGGAUGACGAUGAGGAGAAUCCUGUGGAGUACUCCUACGACGAAGAGAACGCUUCUUGUAGCACCUAUGACAUGAGAUCCGGCAUGGUGUCUUCAUGGAAGUCAGUGAUUUCCUGGAAGCGCCACGAUGAGAUGCGUCUGGCAGCAUGGCUCUUCCCUCAGGACUGAAGCGCAAGUGUUAAGCGUUACACUGCUCCCAGGUUAUCUGAUCAUUCGGUAGUGUUCAGUGGCUGUUUUUGCAAAGUGCUCACAAGCUAUCUAUCUAACUUUUUGCAUAUAUGGUGGUUCAUAUCAUAGUAUGGUGGCUCCAUGAUUCCCAUGCACGGAAGCCGUGGGAUGCAAUCGUGCUACUGCUAGUAUAUAUCUGAACUUGGCUAUAUACGUUAGGUGCCGUGCAUCAGUACCUGAACUUAUUACUUAUGAGAGUGUGGUUACCACUACUAAGUACUAUGUAAGAUGUUGACUGCGUCGAUGUUCAACUGCUUUAGUGUUUGCUGUGCCCGUGAAAGAUCCUAAAAUUGCAUCACUGCUUAUCUGUCUA